UGCAUUCUAGCACCUCAGGUCAGCGCCCCAACCUUCUCCACUGAGCCUCAGCAUCAAAGAUGGACCUCAUCCAUGGAGGUGUGGCCCUAGGAGCUAAAGGUCUUCUAAGAAACCAAUCUAACUACUGAGGCCAAGUUCAUGCUCCUCCCUGCAGACUCAAAGCCUCAGGGUGAACUCGGCAACUAUUGUCCUAGCUUCGUAGGCAGGGGUAAAGGCAAGUUUUUUUUUUUAAUAGGGAAGAUUUUUCACUAGUUGUGUAAAAAACAGAGUAAACUACUGCUUUUCUUUCUGUCCCUCAGCAAACUGGAGAAUGUUUGGUCACCUUCCCCUGUGUCAUCAUCACUACGCUGAAGACUUCUCAGUGUCCUGCAUAGAAGGGAGCCAGGGAUGACCAGUAAAGGUCAUGGUACCUCCAGAGACAAUCGAGCAGAAGCAAAUGGUCCUUUUUAUUCUCAGGACGUGAUGGAUCUGAAUAACACGGAGGGACCGCCGAGCUCCUGGGUGUGAGACACAGACACAGCUGUUGAGCAAAAUGCAGACUCCCCAGAAAAGCCCAAGCCUCAGACCCUUCAAGCAGAGGAAGAGCUUAGCAACCAGAAGAGAGGAAGUGGCUGGAAUCCGGAUGAAGUUCCCUGGCAAGAUCCCGGUGAUAGUGGAGCGCUACCCCAGGGAGAAAUUCCUGCCCCUGCUGGACAAGACCAAGUUCCUGGUCCCCCAGGAGCUGACCAUGACCCAGUUCCUCAGCAUCAUCCGGAGCCGCAUGGUCCUGGGGGCCACUGAAGCCUUUUACCUGCUGGUGAACAACAGGAGCCUGGGAAGCAUGAAUGUGACCAUGGCAGAGAUCUACCGGGACCACAAGGACGAGGAUGGCUUCGUGUAUAUGACCUACGCCUCCCAGGAGAUGUUUGGCUCCUUGGGGUCGGCAGUCUCCAGGGACCCGGCUGCCCCGCCAUCCUCCCCAGCCCGCGUCCUCUAACCAGUGCGUUUGCGCCGACCGGGGGGCUCAGACCUCCCGCGCAUGCGGUGAUCAGCUCCGGUGGGACCGGGAGGCAAGGCCCGCCCUCUUUCCUUUUUGCGCCCACGCUCUUGGGUGGCUCUUAAGAAUUUUGUAACUCUAAGUCUUUGCUGAGUCAGAAGUGGCUAGCUUGCGCCGUGAGCUGGGGAGGUAUUUCGAGCAUCUCCUGUGGUAGAGGCCAGGCUGGAGGCCCUGGAGGAGUUCGGUCUCCCUGACCUGGGCAGGGGUCCAGUAUACGCUCGGGCCUGGAGAACCCGCUCUGUGGACGGAUCUCUGUGGGGCGUGGUGCAGCCAGUGUGAACUGCCUAUGUGUGUGUGUGUGUGUGUG